AUGGAUACGAACAUGGAGGACGUCGGCCGUGUCCCCGCCGAUCUGCCUUCCACCCAGAACCUCGAGCCCACCACGAUCCCUACUUUAGAUGGUUGGAUCGAGAGCCUCAUGAGCUGCAAGCAGCUCGUCGAGGCCGACGUCCAGAGACUCUGCGAGAAGGAACGCCUCGCUAACGUCCAGCAACAGGCGCGGGAAGUCUUGCAGGACGAAUCCAAUGUCCAGCCCGUCAAAUGCCCGGUGACAGUGUGCGGUGAUAUCCACGGCCAAUUUCACGAUCUUAUGGAGUUGUUCAAAAUUGGCGGUCCGAACCCCGACACCAACUACCUCUUCAUGGGUGACUACGUCGACCGUGGUUACUACUCCGUCGAGACCGUGACUCUCCUCGUCGCCCUCAAGAUCCGAUACCCUCAGCGCAUCACCAUCCUGCGUGGCAACCACGAGUCCCGCCAGAUCACCCAAGUCUACGGUUUCUACGACGAGUGCCUCAGAAAAUACGGCAACGCCAACGUCUGGAAGUACUUCACCGACCUCUUCGACUACCUCCCCCUUACCGCCCUCAUCGACAACCAGAUCUUCUGUUUGCACGGUGGUCUGUCUCCUAGUAUCGACACCCUGGACAAUAUCAGAGCUCUCGACAGAAUCCAGGAGGUGCCCCACGAGGGCCCCAUGUGCGACCUCCUUUGGUCCGACCCGGAUGACCGCUGCGGCUGGGGGAUAUCACCCCGUGGUGCCGGUUAUACGUUCGGUCAGGACAUCUCCGAGGCUUUCAACCACAACAACGGUCUGACACUUAUUGCGCGUGCUCAUCAACUGGUGAUGGAGGGCUACAAUUGGUCUCAGGACAGAAAUGUCGUGACGAUUUUCUCUGCACCCAACUAUUGUUACAGAUGCGGUAACCAGGCGGCGAUCAUGGAAAUCGACGAACAUCUCAAGUACACUUUCCUGCAAUUCGAUCCUUGCCCCAGAGCCGGCGAGCCGAUGGUCUCGAGACGCACACCCGACUACUUCCUCUGA